GGUUGCCUGGGGGCGCAGCAGCGCGGGAGGCUGCGAAGGGCGCAGGAGCAUCGCUCUCGGAAGGGGACAAGGGGACGCCACGGGCCAAAUGUCUGGGAGACAGCCGAGCUUUUUCCCGGACCCUCGCCGAGGGCGACCGUGAUGCUGCAGAACCGGCGGGAGCGACUCGCCGCCGGUGCUCUCUGCGCUCUUGGAGACCCCAGCACCCGCCUUCUGCAGGGGAAACGACCAUGGCCAUAAAUCGUGACUUGCCCCCCAGCCACUUCCCCUAGAAAGAAAUCCUUGGAAAAGUUGCAUUUAAAAAAAUCCUUGCUCUGACCUUUGGGGCCGACGGGACUGAAGAAGCGUGCGUGCAUUUACAAGCAGGAAACCGAAAGGUGUGUGUGCAUGGGGGGCCGGCGGUGGGGGACCCUCUGCUGCCACUUCGCCUAGCUUUGUGCUGAGGCCCCGGCCCCCGCCCCUGGGACGCCGGGGCUGAGAUGAGCCCUUGCGGGCGGGCCCGGCGACAAACGUCUAGAGGGGCCAUGGCUGUACUGGCGUGGAAGUUCCCGCGGACCCGGCUGCCCAUGGGAGCCAGUGCCCUCUGUGUCGUGGUCCUUUGCUGGCUCUACAUCUUCCCCGUCUACCGGCUGCCUAACGAGAAGGAGAUCGUGCAGGGGGUGCUGCAACAGGGCACGGCGUGGAGGAGGAACCAGACCGCGGCCAGAGCGUUCAGGAAACAAAUGGAAGACUGCUGCGACCCUGCCCAUCUCUUUGCAAUGACUAAAAUGAAUUCCCCCAUGGGGAAGAGCAUGUGGUACGAUGGGGAGUUUUUAUACUCAUUCACCAUUGACAAUUCAACUUAUUCUCUCUUCCCUCAGGCAACCCCAUUCCAGCUGCCAUUGAAGAAAUGCGCGGUGGUGGGAAAUGGUGGGAUUCUGAAGAAGAGUAGCUGUGGCCGUCAAAUAGAUGAAGCAAAUUUUGUCAUGCGAUGCAAUCUCCCUCCUUUGUCAAGUGAAUACACUAAAGAUGUUGGAUCCAAAAGUCAUUUAGUGACAGCUAAUCCCAGCAUAAUUCGGCAGAGGUUUCAGAACCUGCUGUGGUCCAGAAAAACGUUUGUGGACAACAUGAAAAUCUAUAACCACAGUUACAUCUACAUGCCUGCCUUUUCUAUGAAAACAGGAACAGAGCCAUCUUUGCGAGUUUAUUAUACACUGUCAGAUGUUGGUGCCAAUCAAACAGUGCUGUUUGCCAACCCCAACUUUCUGCGUAGCAUUGGAAAGUUCUGGAAAAGUAGAGGAAUCCAUGCCAAGCGCCUGUCUACAGGACUUUUUCUGGUGAGCGCAGCUCUGGGUCUCUGUGAAGAGGUGGCCAUCUACGGCUUCUGGCCCUUCUCUGUGAAUAUGCAUGAGCAGCCCAUCAGCCACCACUACUAUGAUAACGUCUUACCCUUUUCUGGCUUCCAUGCCAUGCCCGAGGAGUUUCUCCAACUCUGGUAUCUUCAUAAAAUCGGUGCACUGAGAAUGCAGCUGGACCCAUGUGAGGACACCUUACUCCAGCCCACUUCCUAGGGACAUCGGAAGGAGAAAGGACUGAACCAGGGUAUUUUUGUUAGGUUUUCUAUGUGACUCCAAGAGGGAGUGGCUAAGUUGUUUCAUGGGUUUGCACGGGCCACUUGGAAAAACAGGAGAGGAACAAUGAAGACCCAAGCAAAACUUUACUUUCAGUGUUGGCUUGGAAAACAAAUAAGAAAUGAACAGCCUAUGAAAUAUUUUAUAGCACAUGGUAGAUUUGCAACUAGUAAAAUGCUGGUGAAAUGCUGUUGGUAAAGCACAUGGUUCAAAUCUAGAAGAUGCGGUUCAAAAACAAGACAGACUCGAGUUGUUAGGGCUGAGGAACUAAUCAGGGUAGAAUAAAGAAAACGUUGUGGUAAAAGUAUUGCUGAUUGUCAACACAAACUGGCUUAAUAAUGGUAAUAAGAACCUGUCUUUUUAAGACUGGUUUUAGAACCGUAGGUUUUUUUAAAAAAUUAUUAUUUAUUUUUGCCCUCUUUAGGGGAAAUGGGUGGGUAGAUAUAAAAACAUCCCUUCCUGAGUAAUAAAGAUACAAAAUGUUAUUCCUGGUAAUUGUGAUUUGUUGAGCUACGUCGACAUUAUCUGUAGCUCCCUUCCAUUUUUAAAAUUUUGCGUAAGAAUUGCUUCUUCCUCUUUUGUCAAGUUUACAUAGACAAUGUGAAGCAUUGUUGAAUUUAGACUGUGUUGAUUCAUAGUCUGGAUAACAGGAGCCACUUUUCUUCCUCAGAAUUUAGGACAUAAACCCAAUUUUAGGUCUGCAUUAUGUAAGCCUGUUUGCAUUGUCAUUUUUAUUUUAGCGCAAAAGACUACCAGUAUGAGUGCAUUAUUUAUUUGUAAAUUGGCAUAAUUGUCUUCAUAAUUUAAUGCCCAGAAAAGCAGUAAAGCACAAUAAUGAAAAGCUUAGUCUCUGCGGAAGACAGACCAGAAGACAAAUCCCUUUUCUAUCUACCAUGGCAUAUUCACUGCAAGAUAAAGCACAUGUAUGCAUAUGUGCAAGAAUGCACAUAUACAUACAUGUAGACACACAUACAUACACACAUACAAAGUUAAGCAAAGCUCGUUACUGUGCAACUAUGAAAGCUGAACUCAUACAAUCUGGUAUGGCAAAAAUUUGUAACCAGUGUUGGAGAGUCACAAAUGUGUUACGUGCUGUCCAUUACAUGCUGCUGUAAGACAACUGAGCUCACUGGCUGCUGUACAUAUUCCCAUAGCAGCAUGAGAUGCGAGUCUUACCCCCAAAUGCUUACCCGGAAUAAGCAGAAUUGUCUUACUCAUCCUGAUUUUACCUAAAAUCUCAUGAAUGGGCCUGGUGUUGAGCAUGGUCACAAAAGGUAUAGUUUGUACAAGUCAAGAGAUGUGAAUUAGUAGCUAUUUAUUUCCUUAGUAGCAGGUGGGACUACUUAGACAGCUUGUUACACCAGCUUUGAUACACAGCAAAAACAAAACAAAACAAAACAAAAACCCUGACAGAUUACAAGUAGCCAAACGUGUUUACAUUUCAGAGAAAGGUAAAGAAAGCCUCUCAUUGUCUUCAUGCUUUGGAAUGUCUUACGCUAAAAUGAGACACUAGAACUUAAUUUCUUUAUUAUUUUUAAUGUCACUAAACUGUAGGUAAAUUGUAGAAAAAAGCUCUAGUUUAAUUUUAACAGUAGAAACUUAGCAUACCGUGUCACCAUGUAAAAUAAUAGUGAGUGGUAUUUUUGGUGGGUUAAUUUAACAUGACAUCAACCUAACAAAGUCCUUGGCAAAAUUUUACAUAAUUAAAGUAGGCCAUUUCUAAAUGAAAUUAAAUAUUGAGGUUAUUAUAAAAAUUAGUGUUUAAAAUAUGACUUGUUGAUAAUGCAGAUUAUGUGGCUACUUAGAAAGUUAAGAAGUUGAGUAUCAAUUCUAUUGGAGAACUGGUUUGCUCUAUGGCAGCAAAAAUGUAAUGAGAAUGUAUCAUGAAGAAACUGUUAAAUAUUCACUUUGAGUGAAACUGAAUAUGCGUCCUCUUUUGAGCUAUUAUUAUUUAGUAGUUACCUAAAAGAAGAAUCCAUUUUUACUAGUAUACCAUUAAAAAUGUAAAAGGCUUAAUAAAAAACACAUAUAAUAAUAAUGUAUGUGUUACUCAGAUUAGUUCUUUAAUUGUUAAAAUGUAUUUAAUGAGCUCCACAAAGCCUAUACAUCACAGUUUCAUUACAAAUAUUAUCUGGACCAGAAUCUCUUAAACUCGGAAAGUGGAGAUUGCCGUGAGCCAAGAUCACGACAUUGCACUUCAGCCUGGAUGACAGGGCAAGACUCUGUCUCAAAAAAAGAAAAAAGAAAGAAAAUAUUAUGUGAAAAUUUUGCAUCUUGUUAUGAUGCCUGGGAUAGAUUUAUGCAGUAGAUUUACUUAUAACAUUUAGUUUACAAACUUGUAAAACUAUUUCAUGUGGCUUCUGAAAGGCAAAACAGACAUGGCCGGUGCUGGUGAUGCUUGAUCAGACCAGUUCUUCUCAGGUGGGGUGAUUCCUUAUCGCUCUCUGCUCACAUUUGGCAAUGUCUGGAGACUGGAGACAUUAUUUAUUUUCAUGACUCGAGGGCGCUAACAGCAUGUAAUUAGUAGAGGUUAGGGAUCCUGCUAAGUAACUUGUAAUGCACAAGUCAGCCUCUCACAACAAAACAAUUAUCCUGGCUGAAAUGUCAGUAGUACCAAGGUUGAGACACCCUGGAUUAGCCCAGAAUGAAAUUUUGAUUGUUCUGCUUUGUCUUCACUUAAAGGUAAACAUACAUGCUCACAGCAUUCAAAGUAUGACUAAAAUUUAAUGAGAAUGUUUUCUUACGGUAGAUUACAACUCAUAGGUGCGCCAUACAUAUAUGCCUUUUGCUGUGGUUGGUUAGAUAGAAGUAUAUGUGCGUGUGUGUGGGGGGGGGUGGGGUACAAAGUUAGGCAUCGCUAUCCUUACUGUGCUAUGUGUUCCUAAGUAAAGACCUCGCUAGAAUCAUCCUGUUGACUGCUUUGGAAUACUCUGUUAUUGUUAAGACUUUCAAUUAUAAGCUCCCAUUAUUUUACUUUGUUUUUCUGAAAUUAAGACCUUCAGAAUUGGGCCUGAUACUUUUCCACAUUUGGUCAGUUAUAUUUUGAUAUGACUGACCCUUAAGAUUCAGCUCAGAAGACAUUCAAUAAGAAAAUCUUUAAUCACUUAAUCACUUUUGAUUUUGCGCCUGCCAAGAGCGGCCAUCACUUUGUACCAUCAGACUAAUUAAAAAAAAUUGUGUAGUGAGUAAUAUUAGGUUGCUCCAUGGGGACAAAAGGAAGGGUGGGGAGGCUAAAAGUUAGUACCCUGACAGGAUUUCGGUUUUUUGUUAGCCUCACUUUGGGAACUGCAUUGAUUCCAAAGAUCAUGACUAAGGAUGGCCUCUGCUUAAUUUUAAUCACACUUCAGUAAAAUUAAGAUAGGUGAAGGAUUAAGUCAUUCCAUAACUAAGAAAAGUAAUGUUUAUGUGAAAGAUUUUUAUAUGGACAAUGAUUCACAGACACAUAUGCUUUAUAUAGAGUAUUUUGCCAAAAGUUAUACAAAAUUGUGCAUCUAAACUGCAUACUUCUCAUACAAGAAGUUAAGGAAGUGCUCCUUGGAUUUUGUUUCUGUACAGUUCACUUUUAUCUGUCUUAACAAAAGUAGGAAGUAAAUGAUUCCAAAGGACACAUGCUCAGACAGUACUGUGUUUGGCUUUGUGAUGUCUCAUGUCUUUCUCUUGGCUAAAAAAAAUAUUUAGGCUAUAUGUAACUUGUACCUGAAGCAAUCUGGACAACAUGGCUUAAAAUGGAAAAUAACUGAAAAAAAUCCUGGGAUUUUAAAUUUGCCAAAUAUAUUCUUGGAUUAGUCAAAGGCUUUACAAAAGUGUUAUAGAUGAUCAAAAAUGGAAACAAUAUUGAUAACAUUUCUUUUCGUCAGCAGCUAUCUAUUCCAGUUUUAUAACUUUAUCAUAUAUAAUUUUUGAUUAUUAAUAGAAAGUCAGGAAUCCAGAGUUUUAGUUUCUAUAUUUGAAAUAUUGACUUUGUGAACAUUUUCACUGACACAUCCUUGUUAGGAGGAGGGGAAUGUUACCAGUCCACUGAAAACUUUAGGAAAUGUUCAUUGCGUUGUAUAAAUACUUUCUCACCAGCACCGGAUAAUAUAUGCUCUAUGUUUGUAGAAUUCCAAAGAUCAAGAGCUGUAAGGACAUUUAUGUGAACUUGAGGACAAGCUUGUGGAGGAGUAAGGAUUGAGUAAUACUAUGCUUUUUCUCUCUUUAUCUUCCCUGCGUAUAGGUGGACUCUCAGGUAUAUGACUUUAGUUUGUGCACACAUCGGGGGUGGAAGUGGUAGAAGUGGGCUAACAAUUUCAAGGUACUUGCAACCUAGGUCAAAGCCUCUAAUAAAGGCAGCAGUAAAUGUAACUAGCAGCCCCAUUCCACUAUGUGCUAGGAGGAAGGAGAGGCAAGUUGAAAGGAGAUGACCCUAUCUCCACAGUCUCAGGGUAUAAAAGGCCAGAGUCGUUUCUACCCUUAACCUUGGCUUUUUAGCACCGUCGGUCUCUGUCCUCUCCCAGGAGAGCUGCCUUGGCUCCAGAGUUGAGCUAGUAGCAUUGCGACUAGAGAGGUAGUGUGGAAAUUUGCUGAGGAGCUCAAAAUUUUACACUGCCUUAAACUCUUGUUUUUGCUUAAACUCAUGCUGUCUAAAUUUGAGUGUCUUGUGGCAGAGUCUAAUCACCCUGACCUAGUUAUAGCCCUGCCAGUGAUUCUAAAGUGGAACUUUCCCCCUCAUUCAUAUGGAUAGUCUGAGUCCUUGAAGCUAGGGAGAUAUCAAAUAGUCCACCAGUUCCUACAUAGCUUCUUUAAAAGCCCUAGAGACUAACUCACAGGAAGUCUGAAGCCCGGAGCGUCUGUUUAUAAACUCCUAAAUAUGAGGCCACAAUAUUUAGGUUGAGCACUAUAAAAUUUCUAUUUUGCAAGUGGAAGGAGACUUGAAUCCAUAAUCGCUGUAGCUUUUUUCCUCUCUAUCGUAAGAAAAUGGAUACCAUCUGCUUUACCCUCAGCCCAGACUUGUCUUUUGAAUUUUUUACAUACAUUUUAGGGGUGAGAGAUUGAAACAAGUGCAUGAAUGAAAAGCUUAUUCAAACAUAACACAGCCUCUGCUCAUCAUUUCAAUAAGGGAAAAAUACAUGUUUCUGUUUCCUUCUAAUUUGUUUUUUUCUGGUGCCAACAUUUCUGAUUUCUUCUGUCUCUAAUACAUAAGGAAUAAAUACCAUAUUAUAAAUUGACUUAUAUACUUGCGGGCGUUUGCCAGAUAGUCAAAGCCCAUGACUAUACUUUUUAAAGCACAGAAGAGAAAUUAUAUUUUAUGGUCACCCCUCUGUGUUUCUAUUGAUCUCUACAUUGUGCUAAAAUUCUUUCUGAUUUUUUUUUCUAUUGAAGCUGUGAGUUUAAUCAAUGAUGCCAAGCUGUCUGAGAAUUUUAGAGAAUAAUAUCCAAAUAUAUUGAUCCUGCCUCGUUCUGCUUCUGUGUAAUUAGAUUUUCUCUAGCUGUUUAUUUUUAAAAUGUAUGCUUCACACAAUAUCAAUACACAUCCAAGAGAUGUGAUUUAAUCCAAGGCAGAAAAACUAAGAAUCAGAUAAUGUCUAUUUUAUCUGCACAGUAAGUGAAACAGAAAAUUGCAAAAAAAAAAAAAAAAAAAAAGAAGUUUAACCAAAAUGAAAACAAAAGAGAGACAAGAUCUUGGUUUUAAUUAGAAAGGAUGAUUGGGAGUGAUCUCAGAAGAGAGUUCGGCAGGAAGCAAGAAAGAGGCUGUUGACCUUGAGUGCAGUCUCAAGAAUGGAACCUUUUUGAAAUAUAGGAAAUACCUUGUCAUUCAGCUGUUGUGGUUAAUAAUGGAUGGUUUUCCAAGGGUGAGGCUUAUUCAUUGCACACCGAAUGUGCUGACCCCUGUGAUCUCCCCAAAUGUGGGAAAGUUGACUGCAUGAUUUGUGGUAGUGGGAGACUAUGUUCAUGCUUUUCCCUGGUUACAAAAGAGAAAGAGAGAGAGAGAGAGAGAGAAGAUUCUAGAGGAAGCAGUGUGACAGCAAGAUCAUGAGAGGCUGAGGGAGAGACUAGAGUGGCACCUGUUCACUCACUUGGACCAUGACAGUCUCAAGGCUCCGUCUCUUGCUGUCCCUUUCAGAGGGUUGCUCUCCUGUGAGUUUGACCGCAGUGAAGCAACACUCCCGUUUUUGUAGCCCUCUUUCAUCUGCACCUCAGCACAUAUUCCCCAAAUAAGAUUAUUAUUUAGAUCUCCUGUCAUCAUGAGGCAGUGAUAGCAGGAAGCGUCACUUUGACCCUCACCCUUGGAAAGUGGGCUCGCAUAGCUAGAGUUAGAACAGGAGGUUCUAACCCUGCCUCCACAAUUACUUCAGUAACAGGCUUUUGUAUCCAUGAUUACUUCAGCUGACUUAGAUGCAUUGCCUACCUUGUGUUCUAGUGUACACAACACACACACAUACACGUAAGCUCUUAACAUAAUUUACUCCCGUGAUGAAGAGGGCGAUGGCUGAUUCAGUGAGAGUGGGGAGUGGCAGAGGGUGCCUUAACUUUUUCUGGCUUGAACCCUCCUUCCUUAUGUGUUUCCUUCACGUACCUCUGCCACUUUAGAGAUGUAACCAUGUCUGUUCCAAGUUGUAUCGUUAUCAUUGGGAAGUCCUAUAAAUGUAGCAAAUGUGACUAUUUUAUAGAACUGCACAAUAGCAUAUAGGCCUUGGAGAAGUCUGAUAAUAGUAUGUAAAUACCCUUUACUGAAGUUGUAGAACCUUAGGUGAUAACUGCAAGAGGAUUAAUGUUUGUUUUUCCAGCAAACACCAGAAGCAGGGAAUCAAUCUGUCACUGUUUUUCAUUCAGUCUUAAGCACCAUUGGGCUCUCUUGUUGAUAGGUUACUACAGAUACUCCCCUUAUAAUUAAUAUACAGGAUUCACAAUUUAGGAUGAUUGAUGGCCAUUAGGGUACAUCAUAGGGACACUAGAGAGAAGAGAACAAACAUAGCUCUAUCGAAAAGCCUGCUUAAUCUUUAAAAAGUCUGGAAUAUUACUAGAACUUCAUUCGCCAUGCAGCAUAGUGGUCUAAAAGGCAUUGGGGAAAAAAGGUUUCUUUUUGGUCUCUUUAACUCUGUAUGGCACAUUGUAAUAUUAUUACACAGGUGUGCAAGCUGUUUCUCAAGAGCAAAUUUUGAGGCUGGAGAAUAGAAAAAUUUAAACAUUAUUUUUUCUCAUAUAAUCUGACUAGAGUAGUUCAUGGGUAUUAUAAUUCUGGGAAAAAAUUUUAAAUUAGACUAUAAAAUUAAAAUCGCCUUUGAAGAGCAUAUGGAAUUGCUUCUUUCUAUUAAAGCCAACCUCCAUUGGCAGAAAGUGUGGAGAAAAUCAGUGUACUUCAAUUCUUUUCUUAGAGUUUCAUAUAAAAUGCUGCAGGUAAAAAGAAAACUUUAAUUGGUACUUUCUACAGUGUGACUAGAAAAAUUAGUAUCUAUCUCUUUUGGUUCUGCUGACUUGUUUCUUUUCACAGAAUCUAAAUGCAAUGUCAUAGGAGGAGGUUUGCUGUAAAAACAUGUCUUUUUCUUUGGUGUGUUCAUUGUAAUUAUGGCUGGCAGUGAGAAGGUUCAGUAAGUCUCAAUUUCUCUACCUCCCUUACUUGGAGAAAAUUUGUAAAUGUACCCUGUGAAUAAAAUGAUUUUUU